GCUCCGGAAGACUUCAUUGUAGAGUUGUUUACCUAUUUCAUGGCAAAAGGCAAUCAUUCAGUAGUCACUGAAUUCAUCCUCUUGGGCCUCACAGAUAAUCCAGAACUUCAAGCCCUUGUGUUUUGUGUAUUCUCGCUGAUUUACUUGGUGACUGUCUUUGGUAAUCUUGGUUUGAUUGUGCUGAUACAAAUCAGCCCUCAGCUUCACACACCCAUGUAUUUUUUCCUCUGUCAUCUGGCUUUUGUUGAUUUUUACGGGACCUCCGCCAUCACUCCAAACAUCCUUGUGAACUCUUUACGUGAGAUUAAAAGUGUGUCCUUUUACGCUUGUGCUACUCAAGUGUGUUGCUUUAUCGCAUUUUCCGUGUGGGAGUUACUGAUGCUGUCUGUCAUGGCUUACGAUCGGUAUGUGGCCAUCUGCAACCCUUUGCUCUAUGCAGUUCUCAUGCCUAGGAAACUCUGCAUUCAGAUGGUCGCUAGCUCUUACAUCUACGGAGUCACCGUGGGACUCGUGCAAGCGGUGGUCACAUUCCGCAUGUCCUUCUGUGGGUCCAAUGUCAUCAACCAGUUCUACUGUGAUGACGUGCCCUUGAUUGCUCUGGCCUGCUCUGGUACCCAAGUCAAAGAGCUGAUGCUGGGCAUCAUCGCUGGGUUCAAUGUUUUCUGUUCUCUUAUCAUUGUUCUCAUCUCCUACGUCUUCAUCGUCUUUGCCGUCUUAAGGAUCCGUUCUGCUGCAGGAAGACAGAAAGCCUUCUCCACCUGUGCUUCCCACCU